UUUUUUUUUUUUUAAUUUUUGCGGUACGCGGGCCUCUCACUGCUGUGGCCCCUCCCGUUGCGGAGCACAGGCUCCGAACGCGCAGGCUCCGAACGCGCAGGCUCCGAACGCGCAGGCUCCGAACGCGCAGGCUCCGCGGCCUAGCCGCUCCGCGGCAUGUGGGAUCUUCCCAGACUGGACACGAACCCGUGUCCCCUGCAUCGGCAGGCGGACUCUCAAUCACUGCGCCACCAGGGAAGCCCUCCCCUAUCUUAUCUCUUCUUUCCCUCAUUGCCAAACUUCUCAGAAGAAUUGUUCACACUCCAGUGAGAGCAGAAAUUUAAAAAGUUGUCAAGCUUUCUGUGCACAGGUGGGACAGGACACCGGAGAAACCCUCAGCCAAAGAGAUAGAGAUGCUGCUAUCGGAAGGCCGAGGCACAACCCAAUGCAGAUGAAGCAGCUGCUGAGCCAGCUCUGGUUUUCGGGAAGUCAGAUGACCUUUUCCCUCUCCCGGCUCUCUGCCUCUCUGCGCUCCUAAGGUAGACACCAUGGACCCACUGAUGGCCGUCCUUUGCCUGCUGCCCCUGUACCCAGGCCUCGCUACGACCACUCCCUCCUGCCCUCAGAACGUGAAUAUCUCUGGGGGCACUUUCACCCUCAGCAACGGCUGGGCCCCUGGGAGUAUCCUCACGUACUCCUGCCCCCUGGGCCUUUACCCAUACCCGGUGGUGACAAGCCUGUGCAAGAGCAACGGACGGUGGCAUUUCCCGAGAUCCACCCAGCGGACAAAGGCGGUCUGCAAACCUGUUCGCUGUCCAGCCCCUGUUACCUUUGAGAACGGCGUAUACACCCCACGGCUGGGGUCCCACCCUGUGGGCGGCAACCUGAGCUUCGAGUGUGAGGAUGGCUUCACACUGCGGGGCUCGCCCGUGCGGCACUGUCGCCCCAAUGGCAUGUGGGAUGGGGAGACAGCUGUGUGUGACAAUGGCGCCAGCCACUGCCCCAACCCGGGCACUGCCGCGGGCACAGUGCGGACGGGGUCUCGCUUCGGCCUUGGGGACAAGGUCAGCUACCGCUGCGCCUCGAAUCUGGUGCUGACGGGGUCUGUGGAGCGAGAGUGCCAGGAUGAUGGGGUCUGGAGCGGGAUGGAGCCCAUCUGCCGCCAGCCCUACUCUUACGACUUUCCCGAGGAUGUGGCCCCUGCCCUGGGCACCUCCUUGUCCCACCUACUUGGAACCACCAACCCCACCCAGAAGAAGAAAGGAAACGUGGGCCGCAAAAUACAAAUCCAGCGCUCCGGUCACCUGAACCUCUACGUGCUCCUGGACGCAUCUCAGAGUGUGGAGGAAGAGGAUUUUGAAAUCUUCAAGAAGAGCGCCUCCCACCUGGUGGACAGGAUCUUCAGCUUUGAGGUCAAGGUUAGUGUCGCCAUCAUCACUUUUGCAUCAAAACCCAAAGUCAUCAUGUCUAUCCUGGACAACAAAUCUGGGGAUGUGACUGAAGUGGCCCAGAGUCUGGAAAACACCCUCUAUAAAGACCAUGAAAAUGGAACCGGGACCAACAUCCACGAGGCCCUAAAUUCUGUCUAUAUCAUGAUGAAUAACCAAAUGCAACGGCUCGGUAUGAACACGGCGGCCUGGCAGGAAAUCCGACAUGUCAUCAUCCUUCUGACAGAUGGAAAGUCCAACAUGGGCGGCUCUCCCAAGGUGGCCGUUGACAAAAUCAAGGAGGUCUUGAACAUCAACCAGAAGAGGAAAGACUAUCUGGACAUCUAUGCCAUCGGCGUGGGCAACCUGGAUGUGGACUGGAGAGAACUGAAUGAGCUGGGGUCCAAGAAGGAUGGCGAGAGGCAUGCCUUCAUUCUGAAGGACGUGAAGGCUCUGAGCCAGGUCUUUGAGCACUUGCUGGAUGUCUCCCAGCUCACGGACACCAUCUGUGGGGUAGGGAACAUGUCUGCCAAUGCCUCUGCCCAGGAGAGGACACCCUGGCAUGUCACUAUUAAGCCCAAGAACCAGGAGACCUGCCGAGGGGCCCUCAUCUCGGACCAGUGGGUCCUGACAGCCGCUCACUGCCUCCGCAACACCGAGGACCAGUCCCUGUGGAGGGUCAGCGUGGGGGAUCCCAACUCCCAGUGGGGCAAAGAAUUCCAUAUUGAGAAGGCGGUGAUCUCCUCGAGGUUCAACGUCUUUGCCAAGAAGAAUCAGGGAAUCCCGGAGUUCUAUGGCGAUGACAUCGCUCUGCUAAAGCUGGCCCAGAAAGUGAAGAUGUCCACCCACGCCAGGUGCCGGAGUCUGGGAUGGGAGGGUGCCCUCUGGGUGAGAAGUGCUCUGGGGAAGCGCUGGAGGAGGGGACACCAAGGAUGGGCUUCUGUGACCCUUGUCCUUCUCCUCAGGCCCAUCUGCCUUCCCUGCACGGUGGGGGCCAAUCUGGCUCUGCGGAGACUUCCAGGCAGCACCUGCAGAGACCACGAGAGUGAACUUCUGAACAAAUUGAGCAUUCCUGCUCAUUUCGUGGCUUUGAAUGGGAACAAGCUGAACGUUAACCUCAAGACAGGGUCGGAGUGGACAAACUGUGUCAAGGUCGUCUCCCAAGACAAAACCACGUUCCCCAACUUGACAGAUGUCAGAGAGGUGGUGACAGACCAGUUCCUAUGCAGUGGGACGCAGGGGGAUGACAGUCCCUGCAAGGGAGAAUCUGGGGGAGCAGUUUUCCUUGAGCGGAGAUUCAGGUUUUUUCAGGUGGGCCUGGUGAGCUGGGGUCUCUACAACCCCUGUGGCAGCUCUGAUAAGAACUCCCGCAAAAGCGCGCCCCGUGGCAGGGUCCCGCCACCACGAGAUUUCCACAUCAGUCUCUUCCACCUGCAGCCCUGGCUGAGACAGCACCUGGAGGGCGUCCUGAACUUUUUGCCCCUCUGAUCAUGGCCACUGAGCCCUUUGCUGUCCCGCCAGGAGCCGCCAUCUCUCCCGUCUCCUACCACCAAACGUCCACCCUCAGCCUCCAUGACCCAUCCGCACGCCUUGCUCUGAGCGCAUCCCUGCUUCCAGGAUCCCGAAGCAGCGGCACAUCCACGCUGGGGAACCCCUGGUGCUCCUGCCAGUGCAGACCCCACCCUCUGCUUUACUUGCCUCAGUCUCCUUCCACUCUCACAGGGAGUUACCUGGUUAUGAAAUUAAUAAAAAUCAAUGAUUUCCA